AUGGAAAGCACUUUAACCCAUCGGCCGUGGGAACCUACCACAACAGGGCCGCAGAAUGCUCCGGUCUCUUCUGCGCAAACAUUACCCUCGAUUUCGACUCUCACCGCAAGUAUGACCAGCAACAUACCUCUUCCCGCAGAGAAGUCCCCAGGGAAUGCAUCGUUGAACACGAUAGAACGCGACUCUGGAAACUGGUCAAUGCCUCAAAGCACAAGAUCAUCCAUCUACUCCACGGCGACGAACGGAACCGGCAAUUAUCCCUCUCUGUCCUUCCUCACUUCCUCUCAACCGUCCCCGAAUCGUGGUUCUGUUUCCGAGCGAUCUCCCUACCCGAAUGACCACUCGAACACGAAUACCCCUUCCUCUGCCGGCGCUCAUCCGUCUCCCAACUUUGGUUCCCAAACAAAUCCGGCCCUUCCAUCCCUCAACCAGAAUUUCGACGCUCCUUCUCAACGCGGCAGCAUUGCGGAACAACCCGAAUCGCGGCGCAGUAGUGUUGAUAGUAGGAUGAAUCAGGGAAUCAGCUCCCUGGCCAUCAAUCCCGCCUCACCUUACCACAGCACAAACGCCUCCCAGACAUCAAUUGUGUCGGGAUUGCAGAGGGAACGUGGAAUUUCCAUGGACGUAAAUAUGAACAGUUCAUACCGAGGACCACGCUACUCAGGGGGCCAGCCCCUCUCUCCACUCGGACCGCGAGCCGGGGAGCACCGUAGCUUUGCGGCUGGCCGCACUGCUCCCGCGAUUUCAUCAAAUCCUCGCUCCGAAAUUUAUGCUGCAGAGACGCCUACCGCCGGUCUUGCCUAUGCCUUUCCCGACCCGGAUGUUGCGCGAUCCAAUUCGAUGUCUUCCACAAACGACAAAUCUCAUCAUCCAUUCUCAAGGAAGGGAAGCACGGCCGAAUCACUGGCUAGUAGUAUCUACUCGGAUGCGCGAUUGCCCCAUGGCCAACAUGAACUCCCUCAGAAUGUCCACCACCAUACUCUGCAGCACAAACAAGUACGCGAUCUCAUCGGAGACCCAGAGCCGCCCACCAGCAGUACUCCAUAUAGCCGCACGCCCGAGCUGCGAGUAACUCACAAGUUAGCGGAGCGCAAACGUCGCAGUGAGAUGAAAGACUGCUUCGAGGCUUUGCGCAUGCGGUUACCUCAGAGCCAAAACAACAAAUCCAGCAAAUGGGAAACCCUGACAAGAGCGAUCGAGUACAUUGGACAGCUGGAGAAGAUGUUGAGUAGUGCGCGUCGUGAAAACGACGUGUUGAGGAGCGAGGUUGAAGAGAUGCGGGCUCAGCUGAAUCAACAACAAGCACACCAACAGUCACGGCCUCCGUCAAUAUUCGAGCACCACCCAAUGAAUGGACCACAGGCCAAUGGACAGUCGCAUGGCCCUGGUCCGGCCUUCUCUAAUUAUGGCCCUAACUCUUCUGCAAUGAUGCAAGAUCAACCACGCACAUUACCUCCACUAGUGAAUGGCUCCGUUGCUCCGAUGCAGGGAGUGCAAUAUACCGACGACCGUCGGUAG